AUGUCAGAAAAAGACGAAAAGGAAGCUUGGCUUGAGGCUCUCGCCCCGGAUCCCCACUUUGAAGAGGACUUCCACGUUCGCGACAACAAAUUUGCGUUCUCCCCCGGGCAGCUGAAUAAAUUACUCAAUCCAAAGUCCCUUGAGGUGUUUUUUGCCUUGGGUGGACCGCAUGGUCUAGAAUAUGGACUCCAGACUGAUCUCAUUGCUGGAUUACCAGCGAACGAAACGGUUCUGCCCCGCUAUGCAACAAUACAAGAGGCGAGACAGGCUGCAUACUCCAGAACAACGGGAACAUCGUCUAAAUCACUACAACGUCCAAAUAGGACAGUUGAACCCAGCGGAACGGCGACUCUAUUUGCGGAUCGACACCGAGUCUUUGGCACGAAUGCACUCCCUGAAGCCAAGAAGAAGACGUUCGUUAAACUUCUCUGGGAUGCUUACAAUGAUAAAAUCAUUAUCCUACUUACAAUCGCUGCGAUUGUCUCGCUCUCCCUUGGUAUAUACGAGGCUGCGUCUGGGCAAUCUCAGGUGGACUGGAUCGAGGGUGUGGCAGUCUGCGUCGCUAUAUUUCUUGUUGUUUCUGUAACUGCCGGGAACGAUUGGCAGAAGCAGAGGCAAUUUGGGAGAUUAAAUAAACGCCAACUCGAUCGCGAAGUGAAGGUCAUUCGAUCCGGGAGGACGAUUCAGAUGAAUAUCAGUGACCUCACUGUUGGCGAUGUAGUUUGUCUCGAGCUGGGUGAUGCAGCUCCGGCCGAUGGAGUUGUUAUUACGAGUCAUCAGAUUAAAUGCGAUGAGUCCCUUGCGACCGGCGAGUCCGACCACGUCGAGAAGUGUACUGGGUUUAAAGCUUGGGAUGCUGCUGGGUCAAGAGAAGACCUAGACCCUUUCAUUAUAUCAGGUACCAAGGUUCUCGAGGGGUUAGGGAAAUAUCUGGUUACAAGCGUCGGGGCCCAUUCAUCAUAUGGCCGGAUCAUGGUCUCAUUAGGAACCGAGACAGAUCCAACGCCAUUACAAGUGAAGCUUUCGCGGUUGGCAAACUGGAUUGGGUGGUUUGGACUCGGAUCGGCUCUGUUGUUAUUCACUGUCUUAUUUAUUCGCUUCCUGGCGCAACUCUCUGGGAACGAUGAGACACCGGCGAUGAAAGGCCAGCACUUCAUGGAUAUCUUGAUUGUUGCUGUCACGGUGAUUGUAGUGGCGAUCCCUGAGGGUCUACCACUUGCUGUAACACUAGCAUUGGCAUUUGCCACUGGCCGAAUGUUAAAAGAGAAUAAUCUUGUUCGACUAUUAAGGGCCUGUGAGACAAUGGGAAAUGCAACUGUGAUAUGUUCUGAUAAAACCGGAACCCUUACCCAGAACAAGAUGGCUGUCGUGGCGGGGCUCUUUGGCUCAAACCAGACAUUUGGAAAGAUGCCGUUAGAGAACACUGAUACAUCCGUCUCGAUAUCAAAGACCUUGAGCAAUUUCUCGUCUUCAUUCAAAGAAAUACUAGUCCACAGCCUUGCACUGAAUACAACCGCCUUCGAAGAGCAACAAGGUAACGACAAGAAGUUCAUUGGCAACAAGACUGAAGUUGCUCUUCUCCAGCUAGCACAUCGGGAUCUUGGAAUGGACCUUUCUGAAAUUCAAGCAACUAGCCAUAUCGUGCAAGUCUAUCCCUUCGACUCAGCACGCAAGACAAUGGCCGUUAUAUAUGGCCAACCACAACAGUCAGGAUAUCGAUUUCUUGUUAAGGGCGCACCGGAGUUUCUCCUCACUGCUGCCUCUCAUAUGAUCUCGCCAGGUCCAGAGAAAGAGGCAUUAGCUACUGUUCUGAUGUCACCCAAUGACCGCCGCUUGAUAUCGGAAAGAAUAGACAAUUAUGCGCGAGCCUCACUACGGACAAUAGGAAUUGCGUACAAGGAUUUAACAAAUUGGUCAGCGGCGAGCCAUGAUCGCCGAUGUAGCUUUGAUGAGGUCUUCAGGGGACUGACGUGGAUUGGAGCAUUCGGGAUCCACGAUCCACUAAGACCUGAGGUUUCGGAAGCGAUCCAUAAAUGCAAUUCGGCCGGAGUUCAGGUCAAAAUGGUUACAGGCGACAACAUAAAUACUGCGCUCGCAGUCGCCAAAUCAUGCGGCAUCAAGACAGAUGAUGGGAUCGCGAUGGAGGGGCCCGAACUACGGAGGCUGGGAAUGGAUGAGCUAGCCUUGAUUAUUCCCAAAUUACAAGUACUUGCGCGCUCAUCACCGGAUGACAAGGAGCUCCUGGUAAAACAGCUCAAGCGCCUUGGAGGGAUUGUCGCUGUGACAGGGGACGGGACGAAUGAUGGGCCAGCAUUGAAAGCCGCGGAUGUUGGAUUUUCCAUGGGGUUAAGUGGAACUGAGGUUGCUAAAGAGGCGAGCUCGAUAGUUCUUUUGGAUGAUAACUUCAAGUCUAUCGUGACAGCGAUUGCAUGGGGAAGGGCUGUGAAUGAUGCUGUGGCCAGGUUUUUACAGUUCCAAAUUACCGUCAACAUUACGGCAGUCAUCCUUACAGUGAUAACGGCGAUUUACAGCAGCAAAAAUGAGAGCGUAUUCAAAGCCGUUCAGUUGCUCUGGCUGAAUCUUAUCAUGGACACCUUCGCCGCGCUAGCUCUAGCAACCGAUCCUCCGACAUCAGAUAUCCUCCAACGCCCCCCAACACCCCGCAAUGCCCCCCUUUUCACAGUUAUAAUGUGGAAAAUGAUACUGGGCCAAUCGAUCUAUAAGCUUGCAAUCUGCUUCGCGCUCUACUUUGCUGGACAUUCGAUAUUCAACUUUGAUAGAUCCAAUCAUGCUGAAAUGCUGCAACGAGACACGAUUAUUUUCAACACUUUCGUUUGGAUGCAGAUCUUCAACGAAUUCAACUGUAGACGGCUUGAUAACAAAUUCAACAUCUUCGAGGGUAUACACAAAAACAGAUGGUUCUUCGUGAUCAAUCUAAUUAUGGUUGGCGGUCAGAUACUGAUCAUCUUUGUCGGUGGCACAGCAUUUGGCGUGACAAGGCUUUCAGGUUGGCAAUGGGGUGUCUCACUCGGAGGUAAUGUUGGGUGUCUGUACCACGCGAACUAA